AUGACACAAUUCGAGUCUCAGCAGCUCGUUGAAUCAGAUUUGAUCAAGGCAGUCGAUGACGGAGAUGUGGCCAGUGUUGAGCGAGGUCUCCUGCAAGGGCUUGAUGCGAAUUGCCGGGACAACUUUCAAAAUAAUCACAUGAGCCUACUACAUUCUGCAGCCGGUUUUGGCCACUUGGCAGUUGCCAAAGUCCUCUUGGAUAAUGGCGCCGAUCCGCAUGCUAGGGAUCGAUUCGGUUACACACCGUUGAUCUUCGCAGCGGCGUAUGGCCACUUGGAGAUCACGAAGGUUCUGCUUGCAAAGAGAGCGGACCCCAAUGCGAAGAACAUCCAAGGGUGGACUUCUCUGCACCGCGCGGCGGCAAGGGGUCAUCGCAAGAUCGUCAUGGCCCUCUUGGAGCUGGGCGCGGAUGUGCACGCCAUUGCAAACGGCCACAAUGGCGAAACUUUCACUCCUUUGAGCAUCGCUCGUUUCCACCGUCGCCAGGAGGUCAUCGCGGUCUUCACAGAAGAAGAACGCAAAAAAGAAUUAUUUGAUCAAGGCAGUCGAUGA